AUGUCGACGGCUUCCAGACAAUCCCGAGGAGUCAACCGGCGGAUCAACAGUCUCCAGAAUGAAGGUCGUCAUUCGCGCAACUCGUCUCUCUCGCGCCGACGACCGCUCACGGCGGCCAUCGUAAGCAGUCAUGCGCUCCGCGUGGCCUAUCUCACGUACCUCCUGCAACCCCGGUCUCGCCGCGUUCAAAAUGUCCCCGUUGCGCCAGCGCGUCCGAAGCGAUCCUCGACGUCGAUCCAUGAUCUUAUGAGUGACUUCUCGCUAGUCAGAGACUCCAAGAGUACCAGGAUUCCGCAUGGCUUUCUGUCGGAGCUAGAGAAGCGAUUGACGGGGGUGUUGAUGGGACGAGAGAAGAAAAAGGAAUAUCAGGAUCAUCUGGUGGUGCGCACAUUCGCCGUCUUUCUCAACGUACUCAAGGAAGACUCCUUCCGCAAGCGCAUGGAGAAAGAUCGCCGUGCGGAGGACCUGCUCCUGAUCUUCUAUUCGAAUGCAGUGAAGGAGCUGAGCAAGGGCAAGGAACAAGAUGAUGACAGCUGGAAACUCAUGGUGGACCGGCACGUCGCGCUCUUUGUCCGCCUUUUGGCGUUGAUCCUCAAGGCCAACGACUGGGCAAGGGACCGCCCGGAGCUGGCCAACCGGCUCGCGGUGCUUGAGAACAAGCUGCUCCUGCAGGACCAGGAUUUGAUGGACUCGGGCAGCACGACGAUGACGACGGAAGUGCUGGCACCACUCAGCUAUGAUGUGAAGGACAUGCCAUUGGUGCAACAUGUGAUGAAGAUAUUUGGGAUGACCUCCUCGCAAGCCCAGGCGGAGAUUGACAAAAACAAGAAUGUGUGGACAGAAAAGGCUGCCCUUCAAGAUCUCAAGACGUACCAGACCCAGUUGAGUCUCCACACGCGCAAGACUCUGUGCCGCGAAGAUUUCGAGACCGACGAGGCAUUUGAAAGCUGGAAGAAAAGCGAAGGCCCGGAUCUAUCGCAGAUGAUGCUCGCAAUCGUACAGUCGAAUCCCGAGCUCGCCAAAAGCACUCCCGGGGCUCUUCCGCAUUUCAAUUCUUCUGUCACUGAUGAAUUGUCUACGCCUCGAGACCGGACUUCGUAUUCUAUUGAGCAACCGCUCGACUUCAGCUCACUUUCACUGGGUGGAUCGGAUGGAGAUAGCGAGGAGUCCGAUACCUACACUUUUAUCCCUUCAGAUCCGCGAGCCGUGUACCGGUUCAUCUUGAACCAAACACUGUCCCACGAUCUGCGAGAUCGGGAUAUCGAAGCUAGCCAGGCAACCGCCGAUACGCCGUCAAUGAAGUUAUUGUCGAAGCUAUCAAUGGAAAUGCUCAAUGAGAUCUGUGUCCGCUGGCGGAUACCAGCCUUCUCUCGAGUUGUGUUGUUUCUCGACGUGGUGCAGUCCAAAUACGUCGAUUCAGAAAUUGACCUCAACACAUUGGACUCGGCGUUUACGUUUGCGAAGGAAUCCCCGAGCAGUGAGCCGCGGUCCAAGCGCAGUAGUUAUGUGGCCUCUUCUGUAUUCGACCGUCAAAAAUGGACGAUACAAGAUCUUCAGACCAUGCAGCAACUACUGUCUAAAUUGCAUGAGGCGCUGCUGCGUGAGCUCUACGAUGUGAUGAUGGAUUGUUUUGAAGCAAAGCCCCGGCCGAUAGGCCCGGUGAUGUACAUUUUGGAGAAUCACAUUCAGAUGGAUCCAAGCUACACCGAGGACCCGCAGGACAUUAAUCGUUUCUCGUCCUACGUUCAAGGCGGCCUUGCAGAAAAGGCGACGGAGAAAUACCAGAGCCUGAUUAGUCAAAUGAUUCCUGUUGAGCAGGAGCAAUGGCACUUUGACAAUAUUAUUCAACUGAGCGAUGCCAUUUCCAAGCUGGCGCAGAAAAUUCAGAAGCGGUACCGAAAUAAUCCUGAAAUCAUGGGGGUCAAUCCUUAUCUGAUUCUUUGCACCAACAUCCUCCCCAUGUUCGCAGAGGACGCCAACGAAAUGGUGCUCCGGAUCGUGGAGCACGCCAAGGCCGAGGACAGAGAAAUUGACAUCGAGGAUGGAUUUGAUUUGUACCGGAAUCUGGCCACGAUCAGGCGGCUGUACACCAACACGAUUCCCGAGACUCCUUUCCCAUUCCACGUGGAAACUCUGCUCGAAGAAUUUGUAUGGCGCUGGCUCCGUCUGACGGACCAGAGUGUCAUGGACUGGGUGAAUCAGGCGAUUCGACAGGAUCAAUUCACCGUCCGCGGAGAUGAGCAGGCCGAGAUUGUUCCCGAAGAUAAACGGCAUAGUGUUUCAGUGAUUGACAUCUUCCGGUCCUACAACCAAGUGGUGGAGAAUCUGAUUGGACUUGGAUGGGAUGACGACUUCCAGUACGCAAAAUUCAUGACUGCCCUCUCCAAGUCCAUGGGCAAGGGUGUCGCCAAAUACUGUGAAUCGCUGGAGCAAAUGUUUGCUCGGGAGAUGGACAAACUCACACCAGAGCAAGAGGCGGCUUUAAACCAGACGACGCAAGAGAAACUCAUGCAAUUCGCCAAGGAUACGUGGACAAACAAAGACAGAAUUGAGCCCUUCCAGUUCUCGUCCGAGUCUUUGGUCAAACUUAAUAAUAUCGAGUACGCUCUCACUCAAUUAGAUCGACUCGAGCAGGAGAUCAACGUCGACGCAUGUGCCGAUGUGAUUGCAAAGAACACACCACCCCAGCUCAAGAAGGUUCGCAAAUCUACCACUUAUGUCUUCACGAUCAAGGUGGUGGAGGCCGAGGAUCUGAAAGCCUGUGACAUGAACGGAGGCAGUGAUCCGUACGUGGUCUUGACCGAUGAAUACCAGAAGCGGAUAGCGAAGACACGCAUCAUCUAUAAUAAUUUGAAUCCGCGGUGGGAAGAUGCGGUGGAUAUCACCACUCAAGGCCCACUGAACAUUAUUGCGACUAUUUGGGAUUGGGAUGCGGUGGGUGAUCACGACUACGUCGGCCGCACGUCCAUCAAAUUAGAUCCUGUUCAUUUCAGUGACUUCCUCCCUCGAGAAUACUGGCUGGACCUAGAUACCCAGGGACGACUGCUCCUUCGCGUGAGUAUGGAGGGCGAACGAGACGACAUUCAGUUCUACUUUGGCAAGGCUUUCCGCACCCUGAAGCGUACUGAAAGGGAUAUGACACGGCGCAUUACCGAAAAGCUCUCUGCCUACAUCAGUCACUGUUUAUCUCGGCGAACAUUGAAAUCCUUGUUAUCUCGGGGCAUUGGCAGUCUCAGCAUGUCCACUGUGUCGAAUUUCCUGAAUCGCAACCGUGGCCCGCCGGCCUCGACUGGCCCUACGGCAGCCGACGUGGAAAAUGCUCUGGAUCCGCUCUUCAGCUACUUCAACGACAAUUUCGCCAUCAUGAACAAAACCCUCACCGAAGAAGCCAUGCGCAUGGUCAUGGCGCGUCUCUGGAAAGAAGUCCUGGCCACCAUCGAGUCUCUCCUGGUGCCCCCUCUCUCGGACAAGCCCUCUCAUCAAAAACCGCUCACCGUGCAAGAAGUUGACAUCGUCUCACGCUGGCUCGUGCUCCUCCUCAACUUCUUCCAUGCCGUCGAUGAAGAAACCGGCGAAGCGGGCGGUGUGCCUCUCGACAUUCUCAAGUCUCCGAAAUAUCACGAAAUCCAAAGCGUGAAUUUCUUCUACUUUGAGCCGACGGAGAAUCUCAUCCGUACCUCGGAACGGAUGGCCUCGGCCAAUGUGCACCGCCAACAGGCGAAUCGCAACCGACUCUCGGCACCUGCCCAUUUAGGAGCCACAGGCCCCGGACACGGCUCCCUGGGCAUUCCGGCUGCACGUCGCGCCAAGAGCAUCAUGCUCUCGCGCAAUCUAGGCACCAUGAAGAAGGUGAAGGAGGAGAAGCGUCGCGAGGCGCAGGCCGACCCCAACGAUGACAUGAUCCUACGUAUCUUACGGAUGAGGCCCGAGGCUGCAGGAUAUCUUCGGGAUCGCAGUCGUCAAAAGGAGAGACUGGCGGCUGCGGCCGCGGCGGAUGCCAUUGUCAAGCAGAGUCUGAUGGCGGGCGUGGGAAGUCGAAUGAGUGGAACGAUUCCACGGCGUUGA